AUGGAAUACCUAUGUGAUGCAAUAAACUCUACUAUUUCUUUCGGCCAGAAUAUUGUGCAAGAAUAUGCAACUGCUCUAGCUGUUGGUAGUACAGGGCUUGCCCUUGCUACAGUGCCUAUCACCGGGCCUGCAGUACUGGUCGCUGUUGGUUUCAGCGCCUCGGGGCCUAUUGCAACGUCUUUUGCUGCAGUAUGGCAAUCUUUACUUGGGGUGGUUCAGACUGGGAGUCUGUUUGCCACCCUACAAAGUGCUGCGAUGGGCGGUGUUGCUGCGGGAACAUUUACAGCAGCUUUAAAUAUUGGGGUUGUGAUGAUGGGAUCUGCAGCAAUUGGAAUAAAAUGGACUUAUGAAAAAGGGGAUAUGGCUGAAAUUUUCUCUUAUCGACACUACAAAUGUAUGAUGAAUGACCCACACAUGCUUGAAAAGAGAAAUUCCUUAGACACCGAGUUUUUGAGAUUGCGCAAAUUAGAUAUGUCCUAG